CAAUGUUGAUUCACAAUUCUCAAGCAUGAGACGCUUCAGCGAUUGUUCAGACGAGAGUGACUUCCCUGAAGUUGGAGAUCUUGUACCUCUAAGCCCUCUAUGGGCACAUGAGAAAGAAGGCUGCACCGAUCCUCCGUUUUCAGAGGUGCACCUGGAGGACAUGAACUUGGAGACAUUUCUCUCCCUCUUGCAGGAAACGGAGAUCUCUGAAGUGCAAACUCUUUCCUCUGAAGAAGAUGUAUCCUGCUUGACCAACUCCCAGGACAUUGCACCUGUACCAUUCACGCAACCCAGACUUCCUUCAUUCUCUGCUUCCAGGACUGAGAAACGUCAUGAUAGUGAAGUAGACCCAAUGCUGCACUGUACAUCGCCCAGUACAAAUAAUGCUCCCAUCUCCAGAUACCAAAGAGGUCAAGUUCUUCUGCCCGGUGCCCAGGCUUCUGAAACUGAGGCAGUGGCCUGUGAGUCCUUCAGCCCACAGGAUACAGUCUCUGCACCAGUUAUGCAACAAAGACCUUCUUCACUUUCUGCCUCCAGUGCUGAGCGCCAUCAUGGCAGUGCUGGAGACCCAAUGCUGCAGUAUAUGUCAGCUGGCCCAACUAAUGCUACUCUCCUUGGAGACCAAAGUGGUCAGGUUCCACACCCAGGUACACAUGCUUCUGUAGUGGACCAGAUGGCCUUUGAGUUCCACGAUGUCUUCUCUCAAGAGGAGCAAGAGGCAUUCUGCUUGUCGAACCCACAGGAUACCAUCAUGUUACCCGCCACACAUCCCGGAACUACUUUGCUUUCUGCCUCCAGUGCUGAGGGCCAUCAUGGCACUGCUGGAGGCCCAAUGCAGUGUAUGUCGGCUGGUACAGGUGAUGCUGCCAUCCUUGAACACAAAAGUGGCCAAGUCUUGUUCCCAGGUGAACAUAUUUCUGGAGCUGAACAGAUGGAAACUUCUCACAGCUUGCAGCCAAAGCAAAGGAAAUCCAGUCCGGACACGUGGCAACAAUUUGACACACAAAGCACAGAAAAACAUGUGGCUGUGUGUAAGAUCUGCCAUGCAGAAGUCAGGCUUCCCACUGAAGGUGGCUACAACAGCUUGGACACUGACCCAGUCUUUGUGCAUCUGGUGAUUUACCACCCAGACCAUGUGUCCCAGGAAGCUGCACUCCAAAAACAAACUGACUUAGCAGUUGUGCCAUCACAACCCUCUGACUUAGCAGUUGUGCCAUCACAACCCUCUGACUUAGCAGUUGUGCCAUCACAACCUACUGUUCAGCGGUCUGUUGAGGAACUGGAGCCGUGGGGUCCUACACACCCAAUGGCCAUGCUGUUCAACACUGAAUACACCUGGAUGUUAGUAGAGAAAAUGAUCCCAUGUUCCCUGGUUGAUGAUACUCACUACCAGGUGUUUAUGCGUUUGAGGGCUCCGCAAUGGAAGAUGCCUGGACAGAGUUUCUUUAAAUGGCAAGCGGUGCCAGCCUUGGAAAACAACAUCAUGAAAGCCAUAGAACAAGGUCUGAAAAGGUCACUCUGUUCAGUUGUCCAUUUCACCAUUAGUAGCUGGAUCAGAAGCCCCCAUACAGGCUAUAUGUCUCUGACAGCACACUGGCUUAUGGACACUGAUGGGAUUCUGUCCAGGCACCAGGCAGUGAUGGCUAUGUGUGUGGUUCGGCCAAGCAACAUGACUGAAAUAAUACCCCGCAGACUAAAAGAGGUGAGAGACAAGUGGCUCCAUCACUUGCAGCUGCAAUUGGGGUAUGUGGCUACAGACAUUUGUACAGUGGGGAAAGCAAUUGAGGAGUCUUGUCUGGGACCCAUUCCUUGCGUUGCCGACUGCUUGAACCAAGUGAUGCAAACGGUGAUGGAAAAGAAAGAGGCUCCCAUAGAGUGGCUUUUGCAAACGCUACAGGAAAUCUGCAGGUAUUUUCAGCUAUCUCAGAAGGCCCGCUCCUGUCUGAGUGAGCUGCAGUCACAGUAUGGUCUCCCCCAGGAACAGCUGCCACAAAAGGUGCCAUCAGCAUGGAAAGAGAUCCUGAAUAUGCUGCAAUUUCUUGUCCAAGAACAUGCUUUCUGUACCUUCCUAAAGGAGAGCCCUGACCUCGUGCUUACACUUCAAGAUUGGAGGUUGAUGCACCAUCUAGCCUGCCUCCUGACCCCAUUUGAAGAUACCAUCAUGACGAUUAGGAAGGAAAGUGCAAGUCUAGGCCAAAUCCUUCAUGAGCUCCAUUCACUUGAGAGCAGGAUAAAAGGACAUUUUGAGCUACUGCAGCAAGAAAGAGAGCUUGCUGCUGUUGCUUCCACUCAUCUUGCCUCUGAACUGCUGCAAGCUCUGGAAAGCAGCAAGGACCUAGGAAUAGUAAGAGAAAAUAUUAUAUACCAGAGUGCAGCCUUCCUGCAUCCAUCCUUCAGGGACCACAUUAACAAAUAUCUGAGGGGAGAUGUGGAACUGAUCAGGGAGCAAUUGAAGGAGAGGGUAAUAGAGCAGACUAAAAAGGAAUACUUAAGAAACCUGUCUAGUUCCCCUUGGUCUGAUGAAACAAUAGACCAAUUCCUGUCUUCCAAAGCGAGUGAGGUGGCAAGGCGAGAACUGGAAUCCUACCUGCAGGACAACAUGGACCCUCUCCAGUUGGAUGUGGAUCCCUUGGUCUACUGGAAUGCCAAGCGACAUAUGUGGCCAUUCCUCUCCGUAGUGGCACUCGAGUAUUUCUCAUGUCCUCCCACCACCGUGUACUCGAAGAAGUUUCUUGGUAUUGUCAACUUGCUCACACCAGGCAGUUAUUGGGAGAGGCUUGCAUUCAUGAGCCUGAACCGAGACUGGUUGCCUGUGGAAUUCAGGGUCCCCCCGUACUACCACAGAGACCCUGGGAACUAAUGUGUGAACAGAGAAGGAAAUGCAAGAACUGCAGGCUGAAUUGCAACCCCUGUUUGCAGAAGCUGAUGACUGGGGACCUUUCCCAGAGGUCUGAGCAUUGGAUGCAUAGAGAUGCAUGUCCUGGUAGAAUCCUGGUAUUACUGGGACUUCUGCAACAGGUGGUGCUAAUAACUACGACUGUUUUACAUUGCUGCAUCAAUUCUAAUUUUAAAACUUCUCUGCAUGAAAUGGAAGCCAGCUUUUGCAUUUAAAUGUACACCACUGCAACCUUUGUGUGUGUGUAGUGUAGUUACUGACAGAAGACUUUGUGUGUGUUACUUCGUGUGUGUGUGUGUAGUUACUGACAGAAGAAAAUGUUUGUGUUUUCUUGAUUAUCUCCUUUAAAAUAUAUAUAUAUAUCUUAUUUAAAUAAAGGUUACUAAGACCUCUA